AUGACAGCAGCAGAAAAUGGCCGUAGGAAAGUGUAUGAUUUCCUUGCUCGGAAAGGAUGUGACCUGUCUGUAAAAGAUAACAUGGAGAAUACUAUUCUGCAUGCAGCGUCUGUCAGUGAUAAUGGUACUUUAGUUAACUGCAUACUUUCACGUGAGAUAGCUGACACAGAGAGCAGAGGGGAAAAUGGGGAAACACCCGUUAUGGUUGCGGCAGUCAAUGGUCAAAAGAAGGUGUUUGAUCUGUUGGUGCAAAAAGGGUGUGAUCUUUCUGUGAGGGAUGAUUAUGGGAACAACAUUCUUCAUGCAGCUUCUGUGGGUGGUGACGUUCAAAUUGUUGAGUACCUCCUAUCCCGUGACUAUCUCCUGUCUCGAAAUAUUAUUCAUAUUGACAGCAUAAAUGACAGAGGCUGGACACCAGUGAUGUUAGCAGCUGCGAAUGGACAACAGGACGUUUUUGACCUGCUGGUGAAAAACGAAUGUGAUCUGAAGGUGUCAACUGAGGACAAUAUCAACAUUCUACAUGCUGCGUCUUAUGGAGGCAGUGUCCAGAUUGUUGAGGGUAUUCUUUCACGUAAAAUAGCUGACACGGGCAGCUGUGGAGAAAACGGUGCAACACCGGUGAUGGUGGCUGCACAGAAUGGACAGAGGAAAGUCUUCGAUCUGCUGGUGAGGAAAGACUGCGAUUUGUCAGUGGAAGAUGACUCAGGUAGCAACAUACUCCAUUAUGCUUGCGUAAGUGACAAUGUCCAGAUUGUGGAAAGUAUUCUUUCACGUAAAGUAGCUGACAAGGACAGCAGAGGAGAACAUGGUGCAACACCGGUGAUGGUGGCUGCACAGAAUGGACAGAGGAAAGUCUUUGAUCUGCUGGUGAGGAAAGACUGCGAUUUGUCAGUGGAAGAUGACUCAGGUAGCAACAUACUCCAUUAUGCUUGCGUAAGUGACAAUGUCCAGAUUGUGGAAAGUAUUCUUUCACUUAAAGUAGCUGACAAGGACAGCAGAGGAGAACAUGGUGCAACACCGGUGAUGGUGGCUGCACAGAAUGGACAGAGGAAAGUCUUUGAUCUGCUGGUGAGGAAAGGCUGCAAUUUGUCAGUGGAAGAUGACUCAGGUAGCAACAUACUCCAUUAUGCUUGCGUAAGUGGCAAUGUACAGAUUGUGGAAAGUAUUCAUUCACUUAAAGUAGCUUACAAGGACAGCAGAGGAAUAAAUGGUGCAACACCGGUGAUGGUGGCUGCAGAGAUUGGACGGAGGAAAGUCUUCGAUCUAAUGGUGAGGAAAGGCUGCAAUUUGUCAGUGGAAGAUGACUCAGGUAGCAACAUACUCCAUUAUGCUUGCGUAAGUGGCAAUGUCCAGAUUGUGGAAAGUAUUCAUUCACUUAAAGUAGCUGACAAGGACAGCAGAGGAAUAAAUGGUGCAACACCGGUGAUGGUGGCUGCAGAGAAUGGACGGAGGAAAGUCUUCGAUCUGCUGGUGAGGAAAGGCUGCAAUUUGUUAGUGGAAGAUGACUCUGGUAGCAACAUACUCCAUUAUGCUUGCGUAAGUGGCAAUGUACAGAUUGUGGAAAGUAUUCUUUCACUUAAAGUAGCUGACAAGGACAGCAGAGGAAAAAAUGGUGCAACACCGGUGAUGGUGGCUGCACAGAAUGGACGGAGGAAAGUCUUCGAUCUGCUGGUGAGGAAAGGCUGCAAUUUGUUAGUGGAAGAUGACUCAGGUAGCAACAUACACCAUUAUGCUUGCGUAAGUGGCAAUGUACAGUUUGUGGACUACAUUUUUUCACAAGGCUUAGAUGAUCAAAACAGCAAGGAUGAAAAUGGGCAAACGCCAAUGAUGGUGGCGGAAAGUGAGGGUAGCGAAAAAGUCAUUUCUCUACUUGAAAGCAGAGGGUAUGGCAUGUGA